GGCAGCUAACACCUCGCGCCUCUGGCUCUAGCCGGGCGCGCCUCACGACUCCCACCCCCUCACUCAGACUCCAGCUUAGGCGCACGGUCUGCCUCGCACCCUCACGACUCAGCUCCCUCCCUCUCCCAGUUUCCCCUCCACCGCCCCUCAUCUAUCCCCUCUAUGCUUCCUCUUCCUCAAAAAUCUCUCCGGCUCUCUCUGCUUUCUGUUUCCCAGGCUUUGAGGAGUCUUCGGUCCCCUUUCCCUAUGUAAUCUCCGCGGCUUCCAGAGUAUUGCCACAUCACUAAGCCCUAACUCUCACUCGCGCUCUUGCACACGCAGACACGCACGUUUCCUGUCCUCGUGUGACACCCACCUUCGCAGCGCGGCCGCGCCAGUCCCCGCCAGUCCCCUCGCGGUGCCCUCCUCCCGCUACACACGCACGCAAGCGCGCAGGGCCAAGCCAAAGGCAGCUCGCCCGCAGCCUGCAAUCAGAGGCGACGUGCUCCAGUCUCGCAGCGACCAUGGCAUCUCCUGGCUCCGGCUUUUGGUCCUUUGGAUCUGAAGAUGGUUCCGGGGAUCCUGAGAACCCCGGCACAGCGAGAGCCUGGUGCCAAGUGGCCCAAAAGUUCACGGGUGGUAUCGGAAACAAGCUGUGCGCCCUGCUCUAUGGAGAUGCUGAGAAGCCAACGGAGAGCGGUGGAAGUGUGCCCCCGCGGGCCGCCACACGGAAAGUCGCCUGCACCUGCAAUCAGAAGCCCUGCAGCUGCCCCAAAGCGGAUGUCAACUAUGCGUUUCUACACGCAACAGACUUACUACCGGCUUGCGAUGGAGAAAGACCUACUUUGGCAUUUCUGCAAGACGUUGUGGACAUUUUGCUUCAGUAUGUGGUGGAAAGUUUCGAUAGAUCAACCAAAGUGAUUGAUUUCCAUUAUCCUAAUGAGCUUCUGCAAGAGUAUAAUUGGGAAUUGACAGACCAACCACAAAAUUUGGAGGAAAUUUUGAUGCAUUGCCAAACAACUCUAAAAUAUGCAAUUAAAACAGGGCAUCCCAGAUAUUUCAAUCAACUUUCCACUGGAUUGGAUAUGGUUGGAUUAGCAGCAGACUGGCUGACAUCAACAGCAAACACUAAUAUGUUCACCUAUGAGAUUGCUCCAGUGUUUGUGCUUUUGGAAUAUGUCACACUAAAGAAAAUGAGAGAAAUCAUUGGCUGGCCAGGGGGCUCUGGUGAUGGAAUAUUUUCUCCUGGUGGCGCCAUAUCCAACAUGUACGCCAUGCUGAUUGCUCGCUAUAAAAUGUUUCCGGAGGUUAAGGAGAAAGGAAUGGCUGCUGUUCCCAGGCUCAUCGCUUUCACAUCGGAGCAUAGUCAUUUUUCUCUCAAAAAGGGAGCUGCAGCUUUAGGGAUUGGAACAGACAGCGUGAUUCUGAUUAAAUGUGAUGAGAGGGGAAAAAUGAUCCCAUCUGAUCUCGAAAGAAGAAUCCUUGAGGCCAAACAGAAAGGAUUUGUUCCUUUCCUUGUGAGUGCCACAGCUGGAACCACUGUGUAUGGAGCAUUUGACCCUCUCUUGGCUGUUGCUGACAUUUGUAAAAAGUAUAAGAUCUGGAUGCAUGUGGAUGCAGCUUGGGGUGGGGGAUUACUGAUGUCCCGGAAACACAAGUGGAAGCUGAGUGGCGUGGAGAGGGCCAACUCUGUGACAUGGAAUCCACACAAGAUGAUGGGUGUCCCUUUGCAGUGCUCAGCUCUCCUGGUCAGAGAAGAGGGAUUGAUGCAGAGUUGCAAUCAGAUGCAUGCCUCCUACCUCUUUCAGCAAGAUAAACACUAUGACCUGUCCUAUGACACAGGAGACAAGGCCUUACAGUGUGGACGCCACGUUGAUGUUUUUAAAUUAUGGCUAAUGUGGAGGGCAAAGGGGACUGCUGGGUUUGAAGCACAUAUUGACAAGUGUUUGGAGCUGGCAGAAUAUUUGUACAACAUCAUAAAAAACCGAGAAGGAUAUGAAAUGGUGCUUGAUGGAAAGCCUCAGCACACAAAUGUCUGCUUCUGGUAUGUACCUCCCAGUUUGCGCAUUCUGGAAGACAAUGAAGAGAGAAUGAGUCGCCUCUCAAAGGUGGCACCAGUGAUUAAAGCCAGAAUGAUGGAGUAUGGGACCACAAUGGUCAGCUAUCAACCCUUGGGAGACAAGGUCAAUUUCUUCCGUAUGGUCAUCUCAAACCCUGCAGCAACUCAUCAAGACAUUGACUUCCUGAUUGAAGAAAUAGAACGCUUGGACAAGAUUUAUAAUAACCUAAUUCACCAAGCUAUUUCAGUGCCCUAGAGAACUUACCCUCAGCUAAACCCCCUCUUGAGAAAUCUCCUUUGAGAAUUGUGUGAUUUCACAAAAUGCAAGGUGAACACUGCUUGGUCUCUGAGAAUCAAGGAAACCAACUAUGGAGUGUUGCAAACUGCCAACAUUGCCAGUGUUGACUCUGCUGGGCCUUGGAGUAGGUACUACUCCUCAGAAUAAGGACAGAGGAAGACAGGUGUAAAUAUUGUAGCAGGACAAGGGAUUAAAGAACCUCAAACUGGAAAUCAUCUUGCACGUGCUCUUCUGUUUUCAAGUGCUAAAUGCAAACACUGCAUAUUUAGUAGUUCUGUGUCCCUCCCCAAAAAAAACUGUUCCCAACUGGUGUUUCUGAAUGAUGUCAACAUUUCCCCAGCAUCACUCCAUUACUAGAGACAGAAAAAAAUUAAAAAUUAAAUAUACAAAUGUGGAAACCUAUUCUUCUCACCAAAUAUAAACUUGUGUAUGAUCAAAGUAUUUUAUCUGUGUUGUCUCUCUAAAACCAAAUAAAUGUGUAAAUGUGGACACAUUUC